GCCCGGUGGUGCUCGCGGCCGCCGUCGCCGCCGCCGUCGCAGCGUUUCCUGUGCGGAUUAUCCUCGGCUGCUCCACCUCGGGGCCCUCGGGCUGGGCUCCGUCGCCUCCCUUCCCCUCCCCAGCCUUCUCGCCCGGGGAGCUCUCCCACCCACCCCGGCGCUCGUCUCCCGCAUCCUCCCUCCCGGGGCCGCCGGGGAGCCCCGCCGCCACCAUGAGGAAAUUCAACAUUCGGAAGGUGCUGGACGGCCUGACCGCCGGCUCGGCCUCGGCCUCGCAGCAGCCCACGCCGCCGGCGCAGCAGCAGCACCCGUCCGGGAACCGGGAGCCCGAGAUCCAGGAGACGCUCCAGUCCGAGCACUUCCAGCUCUGCAAGACUGUUCGCCAUGGAUUCCCCUACCAGCCCUCAGCCCUGGCCUUUGAUCCUGUGCAGAAGAUCCUGGCAGUAGGAACUCAGACUGGUGCUUUAAGGCUUUUUGGUCGUCCAGGAGUAGAAUGUUACUGCCAGCAUGACAGCGGAGCUGCAGUGAUCCAGCUCCAGUUCCUGAUUAAUGAGGGCGCACUUGUGAGUGCAUUGGCUGAUGACACCUUACACUUAUGGAAUUUACGUCAGAAAAGGCCUGCCAUAUUACAUUCACUUAAAUUUUGCCGAGAAAGGGUUACCUUUUGCCAUCUGCCUUUCCAGAGUAAGUGGCUCUAUGUGGGCACUGAACGAGGUAAUAUUCACAUCGUCAACGUGGAGUCCUUCACACUCUCCGGUUACGUCAUUAUGUGGAAUAAAGCCAUUGAACUGUCAUCUAAAUCCCACCCAGGACCUGUUGUUCAUAUAAGUGAUAAUCCAAUGGAUGAAGGGAAGCUUUUGAUUGGCUUUGAAUCUGGAACAGUAGUCUUAUGGGACCUCAAGUCAAAGAAAGCAGACUACAGAUAUACAUAUGAUGAGGCUAUUCACUCUGUGGCUUGGCACCAUGAAGGAAAGCAGUUUAUUUGUAGUCAUUCAGAUGGCACUUUGACCAUAUGGAAUGUGAGGUCACCUACCAAGCCUGUGCAGACAAUCACUCCACAUGGAAAGCAGUUAAAGGAUGGGAAGAAGCCAGAGCCAUGCAAACCUAUCCUCAAGGUGGAAUUCAAGACAACUAGAUCUGGGGAACCUUUUAUUAUUUUAUCAGGAGGUUUAUCAUAUGAUACUGUAGGAAGAAGACCUUGCUUAACAGUGAUGCAUGGGAAAAGUACAGCUGUGCUGGAAAUGGACUAUUCAAUUGUUGAUUUCCUAACACUCUGUGAAACUCCAUACCCCAAUGAUUUCCAAGAACCAUAUGCUGUUGUUGUUCUUCUAGAAAAGGAUUUAGUACUAAUAGACCUUGCACAGAAUGGAUAUCCUAUAUUUGAAAAUCCUUACCCUUUGAGUAUACACGAAUCCCCUGUUACAUGUUGCGAAUAUUUUGCUGACUGUCCUGUGGACCUUAUUCCUGCACUUUAUUCUGUUGGCGCUAGACAGAAACGUCAAGGUUACAGCAAAAAGGAAUGGCCCAUUAACGGCGGUAACUGGGGCUUGGGUGCUCAAAGUUACCCAGAAAUAAUUAUUACAGGGCAUGCUGACGGGUCAGUUAAAUUCUGGGAUGCUUCUGCAAUAACUUUACAAGUACUAUAUAAAUUAAAAACAUCUAAAGUAUUUGAAAAGUCAAGAAAUAAAGAAGACAAACCAAGCACAGACAUUGUUGAUGAAGAUCCGUAUGCCAUUCAGAUCAUCUCCUGGUGCCCAGAGAGUAGAAUGCUGUGCAUAGCUGGAGUUUCAGCUCAUGUCAUUAUUUAUAGAUUCAGCAAACAGGAAGUGAUUACUGAAGUCAUUCCGAUGCUUGAGGUUCGAUUGUUGUAUGAAAUAAAUGAUGUGGAAACUCCAGAGAGUGAGCAGCCACCACCCUUGUCGACGCCUGUAGGAGGUUCCAAUCCACAACCCAUUCCCCCUCAGUCUCAUCCAUCCACCAGUAGCAGUUCAUCUGAUGGGCUUCGUGACAAUGUUCCUUGCUUAAAAGUUAAAAAUUCACCACUUAAACAGUCUCCAGGCUAUCAGACAGAACUAGUUAUUCAGUUGGUAUGGGUGGGUGGAGAACCACCACAACAAAUCACCAGUCUGGCAGUCAAUUCUUCCUAUGGACUUGUGGUUUUUGGCAACUGCAAUGGUAUUGCUAUGGUUGACUACCUGCAGAAAACAGUCUUACUCAACCUGGGAACUAUCGAGUUAUAUGGCUCAAAUGAUCCUUACCGCAGAGAACCUCGGUCUCCUCGUAAAUCUCGACAACCUUCUGGAGCAGGUCUUUGCGAUAUUAGUGAAGGGACUGUUGUCCCAGAGGAUCGCUGCAAAUCUCCAACUUCUGGUUCUUCAUCACCACACAAUUCAGAUGAUGAACAAAAAAUGAAUAAUUUUAUAGAAAAGGUGAAGACCAAAAGCAGAAAGUUUUCCAAGAUGGUAGCCAGUGAUAUAGCAAAGAUGUCAAGGAAGUUAAGUCUGCCAACUGAUCUAAAGCCUGAUUUAGAUGUAAAGGAUAAUUCCUUCAGCAGAUCACGGAGUUCGAGUGUAACCAGCAUUGAUAAAGAAUCCCGAGAAGCCAUCUCUGCUCUUCAUUUCUGUGAAACUUACACUCGAAAGGCAGACUCAUCUCCAUGCCCAUGUCUGUGGGUUGGAACAACACUAGGAACAGUGCUAGUCAUUGCCCUGAACCUUCCCCCAGGGGGAGAACAAAGACUCCUACAGCCGGUGAUUGUGUCUCCAAGUGGUACUAUAUUGAGACUAAAAGGUGCAAUUUUGAGGAUGGCCUUUCUGGAUGCCACAGGCUGCUUAAUACCACCUGCCUAUGAACCCUGGAAAGAACACAAUGUUCCUGAAGAAAAAGAUGAGAAGGAGAAAUUAAAAAAGCGGCGGCCUGUCUCAGUAUCCCCCUCAUCUUCUCAGGAAAUUAGUGAAAACCAGUAUGCAGUGAUAUGUUCUGAAAAGCAGGCAAAAGUGAUCUCAUUGCCAACACAAAACUGUGCUUAUAAGCAGAACAUUACUGAGACCUCGUUCGUACUCCGAGGAGAUAUUGUAUCUUUGAGCAACAGCAUCUGCCUUGCGUGUUUCUGUGCAAAUGGUCAUAUUAUGACUUUCAGUUUGCCAAGUUUAAGGCCUCUGUUGGAUGUGUAUUACUUACCCCUUACCAAUAUGCGGAUAGCCAGAACAUUCUGCUUCACCAACAAUGGACAAGCAUUAUACCUUGUUUCACCCACGGAAAUCCAGAGACUUACGUAUAGUCAGGAGACAUGUGAAAAUCUUCAGGAGAUGUUGGGUGAACUCUUCACUCCUGUGGAAACACCUGAGGCACCGAACAGGGGAUUCUUUAAAGGCUUGUUUGGAGGUGGUGCUCAGUCUCUUGAUAGAGAAGAACUAUUUGGAGAGUCAUCCUCUGGGAAGGCUUCAAGGAGUCUAGCACAGCACAUCCCUGGUCCUGGUGGCAUAGAAGGUGUGAAAGGAGCAGCAUCUGGAGUUGUUGGAGAAUUAGCAAGAGCCAGGUUGGCACUGGAUGAAAGAGGGCAGAAACUUAGUGACUUGGAAGAAAGAACUGCGGCUAUGUUAUCAAGUGCAGAUUCAUUUUCUAAACAUGCUCAUGAGAUGAUGUUGAAAUACAAAGAUAAGAAGUGGUACCAGUUCUAACCACCAAAAUCCAUUAAGUCCAACUCAUCCAGAAGGAAAGAUGAUUUUCCUUUUUAUUUCAUUGAUUUACAUAGGAAAGUUAACAUUAAUGGGGUGUUCAUCACUGAAAACUGUUCUUUCCUAGCACAAUCAUGCACUGUUUUACCUCAGUCAUGUGGCUGUGCCUGGGGAGUGUUCACACACACUCAAACUGGAGCACAUUGUGUGUGCCAGCUACGAGUUGACAGAUGAAGACACAAAGAGGGAUGUUGAUGAGACGUGCAGGGACUAUUUCUUGGAUCAUUCCUGUAUUAAACUUUCAUAUGCCAAAAGAUUUUGUGCCGUUGUAUCUGCCAUCAGUGUUUGACCUGUUUCAGGGGAGAGGCAAUAAGUCAGAAGUCCUGAGCUGAAAUGGUUAGACUUGUGUCACUGGAUUGAAUUAUACAGCUGUCUUGGACUCUCCUUUCCUUAAACUGACUGGGCAUCAGUAUCAUUCGUGAAAAAGAAACAAACUUUGUUACCAUAUCUUUAGAUUAAGCUGAAUGGUGGGCUUUAAAUAAUCAAAACAUACACAUAGUUGAUUUGUGUAUGGGCUACUCUUGGAUUCUUGUUAUUAUAUACUUGUGUUCAGUUUAUAUUUUGUCAAAAACAAAACAAAGUGAAAUGUCACUUUUCAUUGGAAAGAAAAGUGUGGAGCAUGACAGACGGAACUGCUCAUCAUUCUGGAAUUUUCCGUGUAGUAGCCAUGCAGAGUGGGAAGUGGGAAAACCUCCAUUGUGGUGAGGAGACUACUUCAACGUCCUUUGUCCCUUAUUCAUUCAGCUAAAGGUGAAUUUGACCAAAACAGUUAUUGGUUAAAUUUGUAGAAGAGUUGAAACUGGCUAAGUUUUUAAUUUUGCUUGGAUUUUUAUAAAAUGUUUAACCAAAUGUAUCUUUGCAUUAUUUAAUUAAAAUUGCUAAAA